UUCAUACAGCCUUGUGCAAUCCCACUGACCCUCGGUACUCCCCGACGACUGUGGCUGGGGACAAACACAGAAAGACAGAGUUGGUCAAAGAAGUUAGUCUCAAUUAGACUUUGUCUCUGCACGGCUGCUCCUCAAAAUGCAAUUGUCUCUAAUCCUCUUGCUUCUUCAACUGUGGGGGAGUGUGGAGGUUACCUUAUCACAGAAUGCAUGUCCAAAGGUCCCACACAUUCCUCAUGCCCAUGUGGUUGACGAGACCAAAAAAGCUGAGUACCAAGAAGGAAACGUGAUACAUUUCGCUUGUGAAACUGGUUAUAUAUCAGGUAUAACCAUCAAAUACGUAUGUACAAACGAAGAGUGGCAUGAACUCCGGAAAGGAAGUUGCAACUUAAAGCCAUGUGAACUCCCUGACGACACUCCCAAUGGCUUUUAUCAAAUCAUCCACGGAGAAGAGCUUGUUUUUGGAACACAAAUUAAAUACUUCUGUAAUGAAGGGUAUCAGAUGGUGAGUAAGCAUGACACCAGGACUUGUUUCCUGGACAAUUGGACCAAUCACUUGCCAAUAUGUGAUCCUUUGAGCUGCGAACUCCCGCCUGCAGAUGGAGGGUUCAUUGUAAAAGGUAUUCCAGAAAAUGAUGACUCCAUACUUCCUGACCGCUUCCUCGAAUUCAGCUGUGACGGUCCUUGGAAAUAUCUGAAUGGCAGCUCAAGGCUGAUAUGUCUUAAAGAUGGACAGUGGGACAAUGCAUUCCCAACUUGUGAAGCUCUUUCGGGUUGUGGAAGACCAACACCCCUUGAAGAUGGAGACAUUGAGGGAACUGUUGGACACAGGAACAGGCACGGAGACAGGGUUAAAUACAUCUGUCCGAAUUACUACAAAAUGCAGGGUGAUCCUCACAAAACCUGCACCAAUGGUGAAUGGAUUGGACAGAUGAGAUGCCUCAAACCCUGCACUGUGAAUAGCCAAGACAUGACUACACAUCAUAUUGACUUCAGACAUGUUCAACAGAAUAAAUUGUAUUCAAAACCUGAUGAUACAAUCGAGUUCAGGUGUACCAGUGGAAGACACGACGGCGCAGUGGACAUGCGUCAGAAAUGUAAUGAUGGUGUGAUCCUCCUUCCUACUUGCCACUAAAGCUUUUUAGGCAACUGGAUGUGAUGACCAUGAACUAGCUGGACAAACAUGUACAUGAUUAACCAAAGUAAAGAGUUAGACCAGUUCUUUCCUAAUCAAGUGUGUGUAACCCAGUGCUCUGUGUGGUCAUUCUAAUAAAACAAAUAUGUUGACUUGG